AUGCGCAGCGACGAUGAUUUGCGCAAUCGCUUGUUUGCGGCGCUAUCCAUCUUGAGUGUUAGCUCCCAGACCAAGUGUUUCCAGCUCUGGAAUGCAAUGCUAUCGGUUCGUAACGGCUCCACGAAAUUUCAAACGUGUACCAGUUCAAGAAACAACCAGCUAGCGUUGUUGUUGCUGCUUGCGCUGGGACUGCAGUGUAGAGUGGCGCAUCACCCUGUGGUGGUGACGAUGGACUCUGCUUGUAUCGGUGUGGGUGGCUGA